UGUGAUGUAUAACAUGUUCAGUGUGGAGGGAGAUUUGUCAACGCUCACCUUCCUCACUGCCCUCACAGCCAUGCAAAGCCUCACCAUCGCACGCGUCCCUUGGGGCGGCGAGCUACCUGCUUUGCUGGGCACCCUGACUGCUCUCACCCACCUGGAUGUAAGCGGUCUGCGAACUACCGUAUUUCCUCGAUGGUCCUUGGAGUUGACAAAUCUACGAUAUCUCGACGCGGCUCAUUAUGCCAAGCUGCGCACUGGAGUGAUGCCACAAGACCUCUCGCGCCUGGCACACCUUGAGCACUUUGAUGCAUCAGGCAAUGGGCUGAGUGGAGCUAUUCCCGACUACUGGACAUCCUUGAAGCACCUUACCUACCUAUCGCUUAGCUAUAACAAGAUUGAAGGCUCCAUUCCAUCAACGUUUUCUGGCCUAACGGCUUUGAGCACACUGAUCUUAAGUUCCAACAGCAUGGACGGCACUAUCCCGCCUGUUUUCUACACGACUCUCAACUACCUUGACAUUGCACAUAAUGGCUUCUCUGGCGUCAUUCCUCCCUUUGUUGGUACCCUGUCUGCUCUCUCAACUCUGUACGUAGAUCGUAACAACUUCACGGGAGAAGUACCUUCCUCUUUCACGAACCUCAUCAAUCUGCACUACUGGAUGCCGGUAUUCAACCAACUAACUUCAGGUUUGGAUGUCAUCGGCAAAAUGACAUGGCUGGUGACUUUGGAUAUCUCAUACAACAUGUUUUCAAGUGGUUUAUUGAGUCUAGUAUCUCUGCCUUCACUCUCGAUAUUGGGUCUCCAUGGCAACAACUUCAACGGACCUUUCCCUUCUGUUCUUCUGGCCCUCACCGGACUUGCAUCUUUAGACAUUGGUGGAAACAAAUUUGAGGGACUGAUUCCCCGUGAAAUAUCCCGGCUGACGAACAUGGCCUAUUUGACACUUGGUCCAAAUAAUUUUCACGGCGAAGCCCCAUUGGCGCUCUACUCACUCCCACUAAGCGAACUGAAUCUGGAGUACAACAAUCUGAGUGGAAGUCUACCCAGGAGAUUGUCUACUGCGGGUCUGAGCCUCUUGAACAUUCAAGGCAAUCAGCUAUCGGGCUCCCUUCCUGAUUUUGCGCAAUGGAACACGUCAAUAGACAGGCUACUUUUAGGCGAGAACCGCUUCACAGGGUCCAUUGGGGAGUCCAUCAGUGUGCUUACGUCUGUAUCUGUCAUAUCCUUGCGCAACAACCAGCUCUCAGGGACCAUCCCGUCAGCUCUGCUCGCUGCUGUACCAAGCCUUCAAGCCUUAGACCUGUCUUUCAACAGCAUCUCGGGGUCCUUGCCUUCUACCCUGGGGGCUCUCUCCAAUCUCUUUAUCUUGUCGGUGCAUGACAACCAGCUCACAGGCAAGCUACCGCCUUCCAUCUGCAACCUCACACAGCUGCGCACCAUGUUCCUCCAUAACAACCGCUUCUAUGGAGAGUUCCCCUCUUGUCUUACUCAGCACUGCUUGCACAAAAUUGACAUCAGCAACAACAGCUUCUACGGCCCUAUGAACACCAACUUCCGCGGCAUGAUUCCCAACAGGGAUGCACUGCUCAACAUCGCAGGCAACUAUUUCUACGGUCACCCCAUGCUCUACGCCGACGGCUGCCAGUUCUGCCCCUCCCAGAUCAACCAAACCCGCACCUUGGACCUGAAUGCUCUCACGUCUGGUGGCGGGGGUCGCUGUUUGUUUGACGAGGCGACUAGCGCUCUUGCAUUCGAACAAGCGGCUGCCAACAAGCGGGGACAGGCGAGCCUGCGGGGCAACUGCUUCAGUGUGGGCGAGCAGCAGGGCUGCGCGACGAAUGAGUCGCAGCGCAGCGCUGCCGAGUGCCGUGGCUUCUGCAGCCUGUCAAACGAUCUGGGGACGUGCGACGGGCACGGCGCGUGUGUGCCGGCGGUGCAGAUGGCAGGGCCGGGUGAGGUGGAUCUGGAGGAGGUGGGGUUCGUGUGUGAAUGUGAGGAGGGGUACGUGGCAGUCAACGGCAGCUCUGGACCCACGUGUGCCUCCCCGACCCCGACGCCCCUUCAUGUAUGUGCACUGAGGGCAGGCUUGAGGUACAUUGAGGUACGUGCAGAUGCCAUGUGGUGGGUAUGGCAUGUGGUGGGUAUGGCAUGUGGUGUGUAUGGCAUGUGGUGUGUAUGGCACAGUGAAAUAUUGUAA